AUGGCGGCGGAACCCCAGAAGGCGACCUGGGAGGUGCCGCCGCAGAUGGACGUGCGGAUGGCGUCGGUCCUGGAGCGCAUUGACUUCCUGCACCAGGCCAGGCCGCCAGCGGAGGCGCCGAGGCUGGCUCCAGCCCCCGAACCAAGCGCUCCUGAGCCAAGCGCGCCGGCGGAGCUGGAGCUGCCGAGCGCGCUGGCCGAGACGGAAACACAGGCGCCGCCCAGCCCCGAGCGGGUGGCAGCGGCCGUGCCCGAGCAGCCGGCGCCGGCUGAGUCCGCCCCAAAUGCAUCGAGCGUGGGGUGGUCAACCUCAUCGUGGGCGGUGCCUACAUGGCAAUUUUCGGGGACCCUGAGCCCCUCGGAGUUGGCUCGCAGGGGACCCAGCGCCCAGCCGUCGCCCAGCCAGCCCGCUGAUCCCCUCCCAGUCGUGCUGAGAAGCGCCCGGGAGAUGAUCGGGCGGCUGGAGGCGGCCGUGGCGGGGGAGAUGACACAGCUUGAGGCGGACCGCGCCGCUCUUACUGCGGAGAGGGCGCGGCUUGUCGCGGGCUGGCGCCUUUUGGAGGCCCGCGUUGCUGCGGCGCGCGCCGCCAACGAGGGCGAGCUGCGCGCCCUGGAGGAGGAGCAGAAGGCCCUUGAGGGCACCAGCGCGGAGGCCACUGAGGCGGUGCUGGCCACGGCCGCUCGGGAGGAGCGGGCCGCCAAGUGGGAGUCUGAGCUGACCGCCCACGAGCAGGCCCUCUCCACCCUUGCGGAGCGCUUGAAGCGGGUUGAAGCCCAGGUGUCCGGCGCGGCCGGGGGACAGGGCUUCGAGGAGCGGCUGCGGCGCGCGACAGAGGAGCUCGAGGCCGCCGAGACCGAACGGGCCAAUGUGAAGUGGAUGAUGGAAGACAUCCUCCGGCAGAUGCAGAGAUACUCUUAA